UUGGCCUGCUGCUGCGGUACUGCUGGUUGUUCCUUGUGCUGCAGAUGCUGCCCCAAGAUAAAACAGUCAACCAGCACUCGCUUCAUGUAUGCGCUUUACUUCAUCCUGGUGACUAUCAUCUGUUGUGUUAUGAUGUCAACAACAGUAGCUAACGAAAUGAAGACGCACAUUCCCUUCUACAAGCAGAUGUGCAAGGGUAUUCAGGCUGGAGAAAUGUGCGAGAAACUGGUGGGAUACUCUGCAGUGUACAAAGUCUGUUUUGGAAUGGCCUGUUUCUUCUUUUUGUUCUUCUUGUUCACCAUCAAAAUUAACAGCAGCAAAAGCUGCCGAGCAUACGUUCACAAUGGAUUCUGGCUCAUUAAACUUAUACUUCUGGCAGCAAUGUGCUCAGGAGCCUUCUUCAUUCCCGAUCAAGACGCUUUCCUCAAUG